AUUUGCAUCGCAGCACCCUAUUUGAACCUCGAAGCUUUCAUCAAUGGCGGAAUAGUAGAAACCCUAUCGCACCAUAUCGCAAAUUAACAGGAAGUCUUCUACCUAUGGAGGGAGGAGGAAGAAAAGACACAUCUAAUCCCGUUACAAAGUUCGCGGUGUAUCAGAACCCAGCUCUCUCCGCUGCCCUAACCAAAAACAGUCUCCGCCCCUCCAAGUCUACUUUCCUCUUCAUUCUCACUCUCGCAUCCGCUUCUGCUUUCUCUCUGGUCUCCUUCGUCCUCAGGGAAAACGACAUCGUUGACAGUUCCAAGCUCAGAUAUCUCACACAAGAUGUUGCUCAUAUCUUUCUAAAAGUAAUGCAAGCUGUCAUGACUCUGGUUUUGAUUGGAUCCUUAUUUGCCCUUCUCAAAGCCAUCUCCUUAUGGAAAACAAAACCUGCUACACCUUCAUCUCCAUCUAAUCCCACCAAAGAGCAGCUAAAUCUAACUAGCCAGCAACUAAAACUGAUGGGAAUCAAGCCACAGUUUGAGCAGACUGAAUCAAAAUCAUCAAAAGAUCCACCAAAAUCUAAACCUAACACAUCUCCUUUCAACACACUUGUCCCCCUUCACCAAACUCGUAUAAACAAUGACAAAUCAACCACUAGUAGUGCAAACAAGAUGCAUUCUUUCAGCACUCCAUCUAAACCACCAGUUUCACCAUCAGUCUAUCUCAUCCCCUCACAAUCACCAAACAUGAAGACGCCACCUGGCAUUGAACAACACGUUUCCACUCCAUGGUCAAGCAAACGAUCAUCUUCCACCAGAGAAAUAUCAACAGAACAACAACUCGAAACAUUCUUAGCAGAUUUUGAUGAAAAAUUCUCCAUGUCAGCUGGUAAAAUGACCACCCCACCCCCCACAACAACCGGAUUCAAUAUAUGUAGCCCUAAUUCCAAUAGCACUACAAGAAGUACACCUUUAAGGCCUGUACGCAUGUCCCCUGGUUCUCAAAAGUUCAGUACCCCACCAAAGAAAGGUGAAGGUGAUCUCCCUCCUCCCAUGUCCUUGGAAGAGUCAAUUGACGCUUUUGCCCGCCUAGGCAUCUACCCACAGAUUGAAGAGUGGCGUGACCAUUUAAGACAGUGGUUCUCUUCAGUUCUCUUAAACCCCCUCCUUGCAAAAAUCGAAACCAGUCACAUAAAAGUCAUGGAGGCUGCUGCUAAAAUCGGUAUUACAAUCACAGUUAGCAAAAUUGGAAGUGAUUCAUCAACAGGAGCUACUGCAACUGUUUCAAAUGAAAGAAACAAUGAAUGGCAGCCUGCAUAUACCCUUGAUGAGGAAGGGCUUAUUGGUCAAUUGCGCACUACUCUUUUACAACAAAUACAAAACACUUCAGUCCCUGUUAUACAAGAUUGUAUUGAUGCCAUAUCAGAACACCAAAAGCUUCUUGCUUUGAUGAAAGGGGAAUGGGCAAAGGGGUUGUUACCACAGACCAGUAUACGGGCGGAUUAUACUGUACAAAGAAUCCGAGAACUUGGUGUGGGAACAUGUGUUAAGAACUAUGAGUAUAUAACAAAUGGGGAGAAGUUUAAUAAGAAAAAAUGGAGUGAAGUUCCUAGUGAUUCUCAUUUACUGUUGUAUCUAUUUUGUGCUUUUUUGGAACACCCGAAAUGGAUGCUUCAUGUGGACCCCACAUCACAUGUGGGAUCACAGUCUAGUAGAAACCCUUUAUUUAUAGGGGUACUUCCGUCAAAAGACCGGUUUCCUGAGAAGUAUUUGGGAGUGAUUUGUGGGGUGCCCUCUGUGCUUCAUCCUGGAGGUUGUGUAUUGGCUUUUGACAAAAAAAGCCCUCCAAUUUUCGCCUUGUAUUGGGAUAAAAAGCCCCAGUUUUCUUUUGAGGGAAGAACAGCACUUUGGGACUCUGUAUUGGUUCUAUGCCAUAAGAUUAAGAGUGAUUAUGGUGGGAUUGUUAGAGGAAUGCAUCUGGGUUCUUCAGCUUUGGGGGUUCUUCAGAUUCUUGAUGAUGAAAAUAGUGAGUGAGAUUAUUGAUAAGGAAAAAGGUUAAGUUAGAGGACUGGAGUUUGGUUCAUUUUGUGUAUAACAUUUCUAUCAUAUGUUUGGAAAAUGGGAAUUUUGAUGUUUUUAAAGAGUAGUCGAUGGAAUUUUUUGUUAGAAAAGGCAUUCAUCAAC